AUGGUGCUACGAACAACACUGCGGCCAAGGGUGCUGCGCCUAGCAGCUUUUCGCCCAAUUCGAUUUUCAUCUGCGAACCCAGUCAUUCGCAUUGACAAUGGUACCUUCUACAAGCGGUACCCGACCGAUGUCGAAGACCCGUCGUCUAAUCCUCCUCUCUUCCCCAACUUGAACUUCACAUUGCCCUCCGAACGCACAUCUAAAGAAGAUGGCGAAAGCCUACAGCACUGGGCUGUAAUUGGACCCUCCGAGAAGACCGACUUCCUGCACAUCCUCCGUGGUCAGCACAUCUGUCUCCCGGCCAAUGCGCGCUCAAAUCCAUACCUUUUGCUAGGCAAGGUCGCCGCCAAAGACUCACGCCUUCGAUCCGUUUCGAAUGCGAUCCGAUACAUUGGUUUCAACGCGGAAGGCGAAGAAUCCCUUGGCGGCAGCCGUGGUGCAUACCUCAGUGCUCGCUAUGAGAGCUACCGGGAGGACACCGAUUGGACUGUUGAUCAGUACCUACGGGGAGAGACCUCUUCAAACCCCAUGGAGGGUGAGAGUGCUGGCCUGAUUCCCUCGGAAGAUAUCUACAAGAGGGUCUGCUCCCGCCUACAUCUCAGCCAAUUGAUGGACAUGCCAGUCGCGAAUUUGAGCAAUGGCCAAACCCGUCGAGCACGAAUUGCCAAAGCGUUGCUGAGAAGACCCGAGGUGCUGCUCCUUGACGAGCCAUUUAUGGGAUUGGAUCCUGCAACGGCUAGGAGUCUUUCGGUUCUGCUUCAUAGCCUGGCAGACAAAUCGUCGCCACGCCUGAUAUUGGCUCUACGCCCACAAGACAAGAUUCCCGACUGGAUUACGCAUACGGUGAUCCUAGGAAAUCACCACCAAGCCCUCUUGCAAGGUCCAAAGUCGGAGGUUGAUAAAACCCUUCAUGUUUGGAGUCACUUUUCAGAGUCCCAUGCGCCUAUGAAGUUCACCCACGACCAAAAUGUUGCUUUUCAAAAAAUGAAAACCGACAUGGAAAGUGGUGUCUUGGAUACAGAUCUCCUUCAAAGCUUGACAGGUGGAACAAAACAUCCUUACGGACGGGAGACUGCGACUUAUCUCGGCGGAGAACCCAUCAUAGAGAUGGAUGGUGUCCGUGUCCAGUAUGGUGAUAAAUCAGUACUUGGUAAUUGGUCGCAAGAAGUGAACAACAAAACAGUCAACGGCUUGCACUGGCGAGUGCGUCGGGGACAACACUGGGCCAUUCUCGGUGCCAACGGAUCCGGAAAGACAACAUUGGUCUCAAUGAUUACCUCUGAUCAUCCGCAGACUUAUUCGCAGCCUGUGAAGCUCUUCGGGCGAUCUAGGCUUCCAGAGGCUGGCAAGCCUGGAAUUUCAAUCUUUGAAUUGCAGUCGCGCAUUGGUCACUCAUCCCCAGAAAUUCAUGCCCUUUUCCCUCGGCAAUUGACAGUCCGCGAAGCGGUGGAAUCAGCUUUCGCUGAAACCUUCCUCUCAAAACCGAAGCUGAACACAGAAAUCGACCUAGAUGUUAACGCAGUCCUGAAACACUUCCAAGCUGAGCUUGACCCUGCUGCUGCCAAAAGUGAGAUCCCAGAUGUCAGCACCGUGAUGUUUCCCAGCAUCCCAAAACCUUCUAAGCAGGGGUUGAAGAAAGCAAAGUAUGUCCCACCUGAAUAUCAUUGCGACUAUGCAGAUGACAUUCGGUUUGGUGAACUCACCACUGCACAACAACGUAUCGUGCUCUUCAUCCGAGCCGUUGUCCACAGACCCGACAUUGUCAUUCUCGACGAAGCCUUUUCAGGCCUGUCGUCUACCCAGCGUGACAAGUGCAUCGGCUUCCUUGACUAUGGCGAGAGACCUCGCCUGGCCCGUCAAGCAGUCCAACGGAACCCAAAGCCAAUCUACCGUUUCAACGGUCUCACGCAAGAGCAAUCCUUGCUCGUGAUCAGCCAUGUGCCUGAAGAGAUCCCCGAUAGUGUUCGCCAUUUCUUGCGGUUGCCAUCUGAUCCUGGUGCGGGUCAACCUCCCCUUGAUUUCCGCUUCGGCAUGCUCAGUGCCAACAGUAUGCUGAGGAAACCAUCCGUAUGGGACACUGUUUGGUCUGGCGGAAUGGACUUCAAGGAUGCGAGUCGUCGUGUCGCCCGCCGCACCACUGACGAUCCCGCGGCACAGGAUUUGGUUGAAUAUGAAUACUUUUCGGUCUAG